AUGUCCAACUUGCACUUGGCCGUAGCCAGCCGAUCCAAAGCCAUGAGUAGCAAAUCUCCGAUCCUUUCAACCAAAAAAUACCCAGUGUGGGUUUCGAUCAUUAUGAUCUUCCUGCUGGUUCAUCUGCCAUCCUCGUUUGAAUCGGCCUCUGUCGAAGAGCGUCGAUCAGAGGUCUGGGCCAGUGCUCGAUUAAGAGCCCGGGCAGUCGAUACUCCACCGAAGGAUUGUCCCGGCCCGAAAUGCAAAUCCUCCGCUGCCGGAGGCUCUGCCAAUGAAGAAGAGGACAUCCACCAUCGAGCCUCCGUUUCUACCCGCUCCAAAUCGGCCCGUUCGGUGAGGGCAAGGGAUUGCAAAGGCGAGGGAAAGAAGGAUCCAUCAUCAACCCCGCCGGAAAAGCAUCGAAAGAAAAAGGGCUCUGAGGACAAGCCGGCCGAUCAACAACAACAACAACAAAGCCAAGCUGACGCUACCCAAUCCGACGCCCCAAAGCCUGCAGUCCAGCAGCAAGAUGAUGACUCGAACGCUCAGCAAUCCGAGCCGCCCCGCAAAAAGUCCCAUAAAUCAAGUAAUAGUAAUGCUUCUACGGCUCCAACCACAUCUACUCCGGAAAAUUCUGGUUCCAAUACGGGCGAUCGUUCCGAUCGAUCUAGAUGGCUCGCGGCUCAUAAUGAUAUCCGGAGGAGGUACUCCGUCCCUGACCUCGUCUGGGACCCUAAAUUGGAAGCCGUGGCUCAAGGCCAUGCUGACACCUGUAUCUUCAAGCAUUCGACUAGCGGUUACGGUGAAAAUCUGGCCGCGGGACAUCCGACGCUCGAGUUAGUCCUAGAGGACUGGGCGUUUGGCGAUGACGAGUGUGGCUCCUGGGACCCGGCCGCGGCGGACUAUUCGCACUUCACACAGGUCGUUUGGAAAACUGCUGCCACCGUCGGUUGCGCCGUCAAGAAAUGCGCUACUCUGCCCGGGGUCCCGUUCAAACUCAUCGACACCUUUUACUACGUCUGCAAUUAUAGCGGACCGCUAGAUGCGCCGACCGACUUCGCGUCCAAUAUGCACGCGAAAAAAGGCCAAUGUCUCAAGAAACCCACUCCACCAAAUCCAACCUCUUGA